AGCUGCUGCUGCUGGAGAUUAAGACGAGACCUGAAUAUUUAUGAGCUGCUUGGGGGACCUGCCUCUCUCUGUUUACUUGUCUUUGUUCCUCCCCAUUUACAUCAAACUUGAGACACUUUCUCCAUCUCCCUCUCCACUCACUUCUUCCUCUUUUUCUUUCUUUGCUGUUUUUCCCCCCCGGAACACUUCUUUUAUUUAUUAUUUUUUUCUUGCAAGGAUUGCUGGCUUCUUCCUAUCAUCCUAUUACCCCCUUUUUUAAGAAACUAGUUGCACAGAUGAAGCAGGAGCCACAGAAGCUGGCGGUCCGAAGUUGUCCUGUGGGGAACGCGAAACCCAUCCCUCUGAUCAAAGCACCCAGCAGCCAGGGCAUCGCCAUCUCAGUCGUUCCGGCCAAAGCUCCGGUCACUAUGGUGACCGCCCAUCUCAAUGGCCAAAAAACAGCUACAGUGUCCACAGCUUCUGCGGCCAGCAGCGCCGAGCCCCCGCAGAGCGCCCCCAUCAACCUGCAAACCACCAGCAAACUGGUGGCCAGCAACGUGAACAUGGCCACGAGACGGGUCUCCGAAAUCUCUCACGCACAGGCUUUGGGGACGAUCGCGGCCGUGCCCAUUAAAGUUCCUCAGAUCAGUUCCUUGCACAGACUGGCGGGGCACAGACCAGCAGUUCUACCUCAGGUUAGGCCAAAGACUCUGAUUCCAGAAAGCCUUCCCGUUUCCCCCUGCAGAGAGCAGCCGACCAAACAACCAACUACGUUUCAAAAAGCCACCGUAGUCAGCAUCAAAAACCCCAGCCCGGCCCUCCCCACGGCCAACAAUACAGUAGGCCACAGUCAGACGUCCAACGGCCAAUCGCAGGGCACGGGAGACUCGGCGGUAACGUCACCCCUCAGCAGUGCCGGAGUGGCGUAUGCCAUAAUCUCCACCUCCCCGAGCAAUGCAAAUCCCAUCACCACCAGCACAGUCUCCGUCGUCAAUGAGGGUAUUAAAGUGCAGCCGCUUCUCAUCAGUGCUGACAGCAAGGUUAUCAUCAUUCAGCCUCAAAUUCAGAGCCCACCAGAGAACAAACCAGAAAACAAGAAACCUUGUCAAGAGCCACCUCAGGGACAUCCAGCCCCCCGAAGGAAAAAGGAAGACAAUCCUGAGAAAAUUGCCUUCAUGGUAUCGUUGGGCCUCGUAACCACAGAACAUUUGGAAGAAAUCCAAAGCAAACGUCACGAAAGGAAGAGAAGGAGCACAGCCAACCCAGCCUACAGUGGACUCCUUGAACCCGAGAGAAAACGCCUGGCCUCAAACUAUCUGACUAACCCAUUCUUAUCAGGGAAAGCCAAUUUGGAUCGCUGUUGGAAGGCCGAGAUAACACACGACUUGCAUUGUACGGUGUGUAGACAUGAUGGGGACUUGCAGCUCUGUGACAUGUGUCCAAGGGCUUACCAUUCAGACUGCCUGGACUCGCCAACAAAAAUCUCACCCAAGGGCGUUUGGGUUUGUCCAAAGUGCCAGCAAAAGGUUUUAAAAAAAGACAACGUGCCGUGGGCUGGAGCCCUUACUUUGGUUCAGUCGUACGUGACGCAUAAAACAGUGAAAGAAGAAGAGAAGAGAAAGUUAUUAAAGAAAGGCAGCGAACUGAAAAAUGAACAGAGACAGCUGAUAGAACAAGAGCGAGUGCUGAAUAACUCCAUAAAGAAAUGCUUAGAGCUAAAAAAUAGCUUGCUGGCCCAGCAGAAAGGGACCCAGUCAUCUUUGGAACGCCUCAAAACCCUCAUUAGACUGAUGCAGAGCGAGCAGAUGAUUCAGGUUACCAUGACAACCACCACCUCCUCCUCCUCCUCUUUGCUAACUGUCCCUUGGAUGAAGCCUUCAUCUACCAGCGCUUCUCUGCACAAAGGCCUGCAGCAGUCUCAAAGCAACAACUCUCACAGCCUGAUGGAACAAUAACUUUAAGCGUUUUGUUUUGCCAAGAAUGGAAUUGAAAGAACAAUCCAUUUGAAAUUUUUAUUUUAUUUUUUUUUUUAAUAUUUUUUUUUUUUUAAUAAAUAUUUAAGUACACAAACACUUGUGUACAACCAGACUUGCAAACACAUGUUUAUGGUUUGUAGGUGGCAGCUGUGUAUGCUGCACUUUAUGCUGAAACCUACAGUGCUUUCGGGAUUUUUUUUUUUUUCUUUUUACGUUGGCCUUAAAAAUACUUCUGGAUUAUAAGAAGAAGAAUAAAAAAUAAAAUAAAAUAUAUAAAACAAAAAAGGGCCAAAUUUACAAGUAGUGUCUUGGAGGGUGGAUUGUGGUUGACGUCCACCCUACGUAAUAUAUCAAAGAAAACGCAAUUUAAGUAGAUUUCGUUUGGAGGGGGUUUCAGGAUCUAUUUUGGGGAAAAAAAUAUGUAGAAAAUAAAAAAAACUGUAUUAGGUAUUUUGGACUGAUUUAUAACCCCUUUGAGUCAGAUCUGCUACAUUUAUUCAGGUGAAUUGUUUAAAGGGGCUGUUGAAGAUGUAUGUGUUCAUAAUACUCGAGCCUUCAAACAAAAAGUUGAUUUUUUCAGUAUUAUUAUUAUAGUUGAGAUUUGCAAGAUAUAUGAAAACUGUAUAAAUUUAGCGUUUUUAGUGGGAUAUUGAAGUAUUUUCAUGCCGAUGCUUGUGUAUAUGCAUUCUGAACUAUUUAACAAAAAAUUCCACUGUAAAACUCCUUAGUUUUUUGCAGGUCCUUUUUACUUAUUUUGCUAUUGAUGUAUUUUUCUCAUAAGGAUUUUUUGUGAAGAAGAAGAAAAAAAAAAAUUAGCAAAACUACAAAGUCAGUAUCUUUGGCAGGCUGAAUUAUUUAGAUUUUGGUAAAAUAAGAGGAAAAAAAAAAGUUUUUUAUUUUAUAUAUUAUUUUUUUUAUCCAUUUUUGUUUUCUUGCCAGUACAGACAAUAUGCCAAAAAUCAUAGCCUUUUUGUACUGCAUUUUUAUUGUAAAAUUAUAUAAACGUGAAAGGAACAAUAUGCUCAUUUUAGUUUAUUUCUUGCUUGCAGAAAAAUCUGCGAUAUGGUACAGGAAAAAAAAAAAAACUGCCUCAAGGGGAGUUUCUCAUAUCAAUGAUAUCAAGAUUUUUGUCAAUUUUUUCUUAUUUUUAUCUAGAAUGGCUGGUAGAAUGUUUUUAUUUUUUUAUUUUUUCAGCACUCAGUUUCUGGAAACAUUUAUUUCAUCUGUAAAUAUAAUAAAACUCCAUAAAUUCAACGAAUACGCUUCCUCGUGUGACGGUGGUCAUCCUAGCUUAGCGCCUUUGUGGAUAGCUUUGGUUUUUAGUGAUCAGGCAACUCGUUAAAUCUAAAUCGAUUUACAAUCUCUGCCUCAAUCCCCAAAUUCUGUUUCAUUGUCUCAUUCUUUAUAUGUGAAACAGUAUAUUCCUACUGUGUUAAAAAAAAUUAACAAAAUUGGAAGAAAAUUGAGCACCCAAAACAAAUCUUAACUCCUUCCAGAACUUUCCAACGCUGACUCUAACUAUCCCUAUAUAUCCCUCACCAUACCAGGUGUAGUUUUUUACGUGGCUGUUACUAGUAUUUAAACUAAAACUGGUAUUUAAACGCCUUGUUCCUGCAGCAUUUGUUUUAUUUUGUUCUGAUUUUUUUUAAGAUAGCUUUUGCUGCAUUUAUUUAUUUUUUUGUGUGUUUCAGACAUGACAGGCUGCUUUAAAAUUGAUCUCAUAUUGAGAGUAUGUCAUCUUCUACAAAAAAAAAAUAAAAAAAAUAAAAUACACAAAUCUUGGCAGCUCUACAGUACAUUAGCAUAUCACAAGAUUGUGAAUGUCUUACAAAAAAAACAAACAAAAAAAAAAAAGAGGGGAUUGUGGAUAUCGAUAGCCUAUCACCACGGGCGAUCUACGGUCCCUUCGACCAUUUUCGCAGCUCCGGGAGAAACUGUGCAGUACUAUACAGAUCUAUUUUAAUACAUUUAACACUGGAUUCACCGAGAUUUUUUAUAUUCUUUUAUUGAUGAACAAAAGCAAAUUUGACUUUAAAAAAAUAAAAUUAAAAAAAAAAAUGUUAAACAUUGGUUAUUGUACACAAAUUAUGCAUUUGAAUAUGGCUUGCAAUGUUGGUUUUUUUUUUCUUUGUAUUUUUAUAUUUUUUUAAUUUACAUUUUUUCGUUAGAAUCAUUAAUUUAUUGAAACAAAACAUGCAGCUAGAAAAUAUGAAUUCAGAGAAAUUGUAUUCGGACUGUUAAAGUAGGAUUUUUUUUUUUUUUAAUGGACGGUCCAUUUGAUAGUGUGCAUAGAGAAAGUGUUUGUCCUGAAUAUGACAUGUAGUUUUACUUCUCUUGAUGCAUUAAAAAAAAACAAA